UGUAACAUGCAGAUUGGAUAGGCUUUCUCUCUUUGCAUACUCCGCCAACGAUUGUCGUCACAUUGCAGUGGCGUUUUACUUCCAGCGAGUGCCUGAAAAAAAUCAAUGGAGUUCCUUUGGAUUGGUUUUGCGUUCUUCAUUGCUCUCAUCUUCCUUAAGCUUGUCAGUGAUAACCGAGGCAGCGGUAGCAAAUCGCCUCCAUCUCCUCCAGGACUUCCAAUCCUUGGCCAUCUCCAUCUCCUCGGUAAGCUCCCCCACCAGUCCUUGCAGAAGCUCGCCCAGAGAUAUGGCGGCCUCAUGCUCCUCAAGCUCGGCAUCCACAACACGCUCGUCGUCUCCACUGCCGAGACCGCCAGGGAGCUCCUCAAAACGCAAGAUCACGUCUUCUCUUCCAGGCCCAGGACGAUUACCGGCGAGAACUUCGGGUAUGGGGGAGCUGGGAUGAUCUGGGCUGCCUAUGGCGAUCACUGGAGGAGCGUCCGGAAGCUGUGCACUCUGGAGCUCCUCACUGCCAAGCGCGUUGUGAUGUUCCAGCAAGUCCGGAAGACGGAGAUGUCCAUGCUCUUGAAGGAGCUCCAAAGUUCCCAGAUGAGUUCUGUGGAGCUCACGUCCAAGCUCCUGGAUCUCACUUUCAACUUCAUGACGAGGAUGGUGAUGAACCGGAGCUACUCCUCUGGGAGCUCCGCUGAGAGGGAACUCGCGGUAAGGUUCAAAGACUUGAUCACGGAGGCGUUCACGGUGGCUGGAAGUAACACUCUGGCCGACUUCUUCCCAUAUCUGGGAUGGAUGGACGGCCAAGCCAAGAAGAUCUGCGCGAUCCACAAGCAGCUCGACGAGUAUCUGGCCAAGCAGAUCGUCGAGCACCGCCAGCAGCCGGGAAGCAACAGAGAUUUCCUGGACAUGAUGUUGGCCAGAAAAGAUCUCAGCGAUACUUCCAUCAAAGCUCUCUGCCUGGAUAUGAUCGCUGCUGGGACCGACACUGCUGCUGUCACGGUGGAGUGGGCUCUAGCCGAGCUCGUAAACAAUCCAGCAAUGGUGCUUCAAGUUCAGGAGGAGCUCAAAGAGGUUGUCGGAGAGAACCGGGCCCUGGACGAGACUGAUCUUCCAAAGCUGACUUUCCUCCAAGCCAUCGUCAAGGAAACACUGCGCCUCCACCCUCCAGGGCCCCUUAGCAUUCCCCACCAAUCCAUCCAAGCUUGCGAGCUGGAGGGUUACGUGAUUCCAGCAGGAACUCACGCGCUCGUCAAUGUCUAUGCCAUAGCGAGGGACCCGAGGUGGUGGGACGAGCCUCUCAAGUUUGAUCCCGAGCGGUUUCUUCGGCAGCCGGACAUCGAUGUAAGAGGCCAGAGCUUCGAAUUGCUGCCGUUUGGAUCGGGAAGGAGGAGCUGCCCGGGGAUCCUCCUGGGGACUACCACCGUCCAGUUCGUGCUCGGAAGCUUGCUCCAUGCGUUUGACUGGGCAGCGCCGGAUGGCAAAGAGUUGGACAUGGCGGAGAAGUUUGGUCUUAGUGUUCCCAGAGCUUCUCCACUCAGGCUGGUGCCGUCCACACGCUUGAACCCACAGGCUUACAUUUGAUUGUCAAGGUAAAACACACUUUUAUUGCAAGUUCUCACGAUCUUCAUUUAAUUUGAGUUGAAUCUGCAAAGAUUUGGUGAGGACAAUCUUCAUAGCGCGAGAAAAGAAACCUGUGCAAGUAGAGAAUCGUGAUUCGCGAUCCUUCGGCGACCUGGAAUAACAAGCGGACAGACAUUUUCCUUU